UAGAACAUACAAAUUUCCACCCUCAUCAAGAGGAAACAUCUGCUAGGAAACAAAUAUAAACCGAUCUUCUCUCCUGGAUAGCAAUUCCUGUCUUACAUCUAUCUAGCAAUAAUGGAUCUCAGACUUCUUACCUUUCUGCUAGUCUCCGUUUGUUUGUACAGUGUUGUAGUGUCGUUAUCUUGUCGUCCUUGCGAUAAGUCAGCGUGUGCACCUAUAAAAGAAGCAGACUGUCCAGUUGGGAUAAGUUCUGAUUCGUGUGGAUGUUGUCAACGUUGUGCCCAGAACGUUGGAGAAAAGUGUGGUGGGCCAUGGAAGGUUCACGGUAAAUGUGGAAAAGGUCUGAUAUGUGUAAAACCACCCGCACCUGAAGGAGUCAAUCCCUCGUUGUAUGAAUUCAACUCCAAAGGAACAUGCCAACUGGAAAAUUAAUUUGUACUGAAAACCAUUACUUUUUCCUAUUUUAACUCAUAUACAAUAAAAAAUCACUUGUAAAAUUUUUAAAUAAAAUUCUAAUUUUACUGUGUUUAUGUUGUGGAAGUUAAUGUAUAGUAAUCACUCUUUAAUUAGUGAUCGUGUAAAGUUUAAGAAGUAUCAACGCUUCAGUAAAUAUAAAAGAAAAUUUAAAGUUUAAACACAGAGUAGCAACAAAUUAUUAUGCUUAAUCAUUUGAGGUGUAUGCUGCUCCAUUCUAUGAACAGAUUUUAAUUAUUUGCCAUAUUUUUCA